CAAACGUCCUCGCUUGGGACUUGUUGACAGUUGUUUGUUCUGCCUCCCCGCCGGAUUUUGCGAACACGUCGUCGCGCACAGCCAGGACGCAUACAAUUACUCCCUCCCCCGACGCCCUCGUUUUCGUCUCUUCUUUCUCUAUUUUUCUAUUUCCUGGAUAGUGUCAGGGACACUCGCGUGCAUACACAAGGACCAACUUCUCUUGAACGAUGAACUUUGAAGACGUCGAGGAUCGGGAUGGCGUUAGGUUGUCGUGGAAUGUCUGGCCGUCAUCUCGCAUAGAGGCGACGCGUACCGUCGUGCCUAUCUCGGCGCUCUACACUCCUCUCAAGCAACGCGAAGAUCUGCCCCCAGUCAUGUACGAGCCCGUGACGUGCAAGCCCCCUUGCCGUGCCAUCCUCAACCCCUACUGCCAAAUCGACGUCCGGGGCAAGCUGUGGAUAUGUCCCUUCUGUCUCUCGCGCAAUGCCUUCCCGCCGCACUACAAGGACAUCUCCAACACGAACCUUCCCGCGGAGCUCCUCCCCAAAUACACAACCAUCGAGUACACGCUCUCGCGCCCUGCCCCGGUCCCGCCCAUCUUCCUCUUCGUCGUGGACACGUGCCUCGACGAAGACGACCUCAAGGCGCUCCGCGAUGCUCUUGUUGUGUCCCUCAGCCUUCUCCCUCCGUAUGCCCUCGUCGGUCUCAUCACCUUUGGUACCAUGACCCAGGUACAUGAGCUCGGCUACGAGCACUGCUCCAAGUCCUACGUCUUCCGUGGCGGCAAAGAGUACUCUUCCAAGCAGAUCCAGGACAUGCUCGGUCUCAGCACCGCUGCCCGUGCUGCCCCACGCCCUGGCCAGCCGAUGCCCCAACAAGCGUUUGGCGCCGCGCGCUUCCUCCUCCCCGUACAGCAGUGCGAGUUCCAGCUGACGGGCAUCCUCGAAGCGCUCGCGCGUGACCCGUGGCCUGUUGCGAACGACAAGCGUGCGCUGCGUUGCACGGGCGGAGCCUUGAGCGUUGCUGUGGGCUUGUUGGAGACGACAUUCCCCAACACCGGUGCCCGGAUUAUGCUGUUUGCUGGUGGACCCGCUACCGAAGGCCCGGGUCAGGUCGUGUCCAACGAGCUCAAGGAGCCUAUCCGGUCUCAUCACGAUAUCGAGCGUGACAGCGUGAAGCACUACAAGCGUGCCAUCAAGUUCUACGAAGGUCUUGCCAAACGUGCCUCUGGUAACGGCCACACUAUCGAUCUGUUUGCCGGCUGUCUCGACCAGGUCGGUCUGCUCGAGAUGAAGUCGCUGCCCAACUCGACAAAUGGCGCGAUGGUACUUUCUGACUCGUUCGCGACGUCCAUCUUCAAGCAAAGUUUCCUACGCCUGUUCAACAAGGACGAGCAGGACUUCCUUCAGAUGGGCUUCAACGCCACAUUCGAUGUUCAGACGACGAAGGAACUGCGCGUCUCAGGUCUCAUCGGCCACGCCAUCUCCGCUGGAAAGAAGUCUGCUUGCGUCGGCGAGACCGAGAUUGGUAUCGGCCAAACGUCUGCUUGGAAGAUUAACAACAUCACCCCACGCACGUCCGCCGCCGUCUACUUCGAAGUCGUCACCCCUGCAGGGCAAGCCCUCCCGCCAGGCUCGCGCGGGCUCAUCCAGUUCGUGACGCACUACCAGCAUGCGUCCGGACAGCAGCGCCUGCGUGUGACGACGAUCGCGCGCAACUUCGCGGAAGCGGGCUCGCCCUCGAUCGCGGCGUCGUUCGACCAGGAGGCGUCGGCGGUGCUCAUGGCGCGCAUCGCGGUGUUCAAGGCGGAGAUCGAUGACUCGCCCGACGUGCUGCGCUGGCUGGACCGCAUGCUGAUCCGGCUGUGCCAGAAGUUCGCGGACUACAGGAAGGAGGACCCGGCGAGCUUCAGGCUGAGCGACAAUUUCAGCAUUUAUCCGCAGUUUAUGUUCCAUCUCCGCCGGAGUCAGUUCUUGCAGGUGUUUAACAAUUCGCCAGACGAGACUGCGUUCUAUAGACAUAUCCUGAACGAGGAAGACGUGAACAACUCGCUGAUUGCCAUCCAGCCGACGCUCAUGUCGUACACGUUCGACGUCCCGCCGCAGCCCGUCCUGCUCGACUCCGUCUCCAUCAAACCCGACGUUAUCCUGCUGCUCGACACGUUCUUCCACAUCCUCAUCUUCCACGGCGAGACCGUCGCGCAGUGGCGCAAGGCGGGCUACCAGGAGCAGGAAGGGUACGAGAACUUCAAGGAGCUGCUCGAGGCGCCCGUCGCGGACGCGCAGGACCUGCUCGGGGACCGGUUCCCGAUCCCGCGCUACAUCGUGUGCGACCAGGGCGGCUCGCAGGCGCGGUUCCUGCUCAGCAAGCUGAACCCGAGCACGACGCACAUGAGCACGGGCAUGUACGGGAGCGCGGCGGGGCAGGGCGCGGGGCAGGCGAUUUUCACGGACGAUGUGAGCUUGCAGGUGUUUAUGGAGCAUUUGAAGAGGCUGGCGGUGGGUGCGCAGACGAAUUAGAGGUGGGGAUGUGGGGUAAUGGGCUCGUGGUUGGUGAUGACGAUUUGGGACGAUAAAAUGAUGAGGGUGUUCGUGCGUGCACGACGUGGGCCGCUAUGUUUUGAUUGGAGAUGUCUUUUUCCUAGCUUAUUAUUCUUGUUCAUUCAUCGUAUUUUGGUGUUCGC